AUGGCUGAUAACCAUGCUUCUAUGUUUUUGUUUACCGUCCAAGGUAUACUAGCAUCAGUAACUUGCUGUUUAUGUUGCUUCAUUUAUGCAUAUUGUUAUAAUAAUAAGUUAUUUAAAAAUGAGAACAUACAUUCAGAGAAUAAAAAUAAAAGAAAUAUUUCAAAAUUAAAAAUAGAUACAGAAGAUGAUUCUACUUAUAAAAAAAGAAAUGUAGAAAAAGAACAUAGAAAUGAUUUUGAUAUAAAAGAUUCAUUAAAUGAAAGGGUAUAUAAAAAUGAAAUAAUAAAAAGUGAGACAAAUGAAAAUAACGUAAUUUCAUUAAAAAGUAAAUUAAAUAAUAAUAAUAAAACUUCAUGGGAAAAUGAAUCUUUAAAAAAUAAUUAUAUAGAAGAGAUAUCAACUUCAGAAAAUAUUUGUAAAAAUAUAGACAGUGGGAAAUUAAUUUGUGAUACAAAAUAUUUGAAUAAUGAAGAAAAUAAUUUUAAUCAAAUAAUUUUAAGUUAUAAAGAUUACGACAAUUUAUCAUCAGAAAGCACAAAAAUUAAAGAAUUUAAUAACACAUAUUUAAAAAAAAAUAUUUCAAAUAAUUUUCAUAUAAAUUAUGACAAAAAUGAAAAUAAAAACAGUAACUCAUUUAUAGGUAAAAAUUACACUUAUGAAGAAGAAAGAAAAAAACAUUUCAAUAUUACUAAUAAAAUUAAUAAAAAUUAUUUAUUUAAUAAAUUGUAUCUAUUUGAUAAUAAUGAAGAAAGAAAUGUAGAUAACUUUCCUAUUGAAGUUAAUACAAACAUGGGAAACUGCCUAAACAUUAAUAAGAACAAUUCUAAUAUUUUAACUAGUGAUAAUAUUUCACAUAUCAAUGAAAUUGAUAAUCAUAUUAUUAGUAACAUUUAUAAUAAUAAUAAUGAUAAGAGAAAUAGAAUAGAAUACAACCCAAAGUUCAAUGUUAUAGAAAAAGAUGAAUUCACCUCCAACAAUUAUGAUAUUAAAAAUAACCUUUAUUUAAGUAAACCUGGAAAUAAUGAAAAAUCUUAUAAUAGAACUUUAAACGAUAAAUUUUAUAUUAAGGAAAAAAAUAAUUUAAGGAAUAAAUGUGAUGAACAAAGUAAUUAUUACAGAAAUGAAUUAAAUAUGAAAAUUAAUGAAGAAAAAUAUAAAGGUAGAAAUUAUUUUAAUUCUACAAAAGAAAUUAAAAAUUAUACUAAUGAAUUCAAAAAUUGUAAAAAAAAAAAUGACGAAAUAAGCUUUAAAGAACAAGGAAAUAUUGAUAAUUUAUCUUCUCCAAAUAAUUCCAAUUAUUUUGGUGACACAAAUAUAUUAACAAAAUAUGAUGAAAAUAUAACUUUUAAAAAUUAUAAAAAAAAAUAUUUGCUUGAUGUAAAUAAACCCAUUAAUAGUAAAAUAAAUAAUAAAAAAAAAGAUAACAUAAGAAAUUCCAUAACUUAUCAAAAUAAACAAAUUGAAAAUAAUAGUGAUCCUUCAAAGUACAAUAUUAAAAGCUCUAAUAUAUUUUUUUCUUCUAAUGAGUCUUCUAAAGAUAAUUCUAAAUUAUGUUAUAUUCAUUCUUUGAAUAAUUAUAAUAACAAAACAAAUCAUAAAAAUUUAAAUUCAAAAGAAGUCGCAAAUAUAAUUAAGGAUAUUGAUAACUCUAAUAAUAAUAAUAAUAAUAGGAGCAACAGUAAUAGUUGUUAUAAUAUAAUUAAAGUUAAACAUCUCAAUACGUGUUCUAAUAUACAUAGUAAUUUUAUUAAUUUCGAUAAAACAAAUAAAGUACAACACAAAUUAAUGUAUAAUUAUAAUGAUAUAAAUUUACUAAAAUCAAAAAGAAAAACUUCUUUACCAUCUUUGAGUAAUUUUAUUAAUGAAGAAAACUGUAUUCCGUUAGGAAAUCUUGAGGUAAUAAAAAAUGAAAACAAUAAAAAUAAUAUGAUUUAUAUAGAUGAGCAAAAAUGUUCUGAUAAGCAUGAUAAUACCAGCUUCCCCUUUGAAUUUGAGAAAAAAGAGAAAUUUAGAAAUAGAACUUCUAAUGAAAGCUCAAUUGAUAAUUUUCCUGAUAUUCAAAAGAAUUUAUUAAGUGACUUAAAUAAAAAAUAUGUUAAUAAUGAUUCAAACAUUAAGAGUAAUUUUAUUUUUCAUUCAGACAGUAGCAGUGAAUGUAUAAAUAAAAAAGUUGUAGAUGAUAAUAUAUAUUUACCUGAUUAUGAUAUAAAAAAAAAGAAAAAUAAUGAAAAGUGCAAAAAUUCAAAUAUAUUUUUUUGUCACAAAAUGAAUUCUAUAAAUGAUUAUAUAACACCAUACAAUUCUAAUUGUGAUUCAUAUAAAAAAUUUGAAGAUAAAUUAAGGAAAAAUCGUGAGUUUAAAGAAAAAGAGUAUUUAAAAAGCAAAGAAAAUAGCGAUUUUCAUUUUUUAACAGAUGAAAAUACUGAUGAAUCUAUGGAAAAAAAAAUUUAUUUUAAUGAAAUUAAUUUGAAAAAUACUAGAAGAGGAAAAUUAUCAUCAUCAAGAAAUAUUAUAACUCUAGAUCAAAAAUUACAUUUUAAAAAAAUUGACAACAAUAUCUCUCUGGACUCAUUAAAUUGCAAUAAAAAAAUAAAUUAUGAAGAAGAUGGAGUAAAUUUAAGAAAAUACAAAGUUACAGAUAACUUGGAAGAAAAUAGAAAAAAUGAAUUAAAUGUGUUAAAUGAAGAUUAUGAAAGUGAUUUAGAAAAAAAAGAAAUAGACGAAUAUAAAAAAAGCACUGAAAUUAAAGAAAUUAUACGUACAUAUUUGCAAAAUUCUAAAAAUGUAUAUAACUUAAAAAAUUCGGACAAUUAUAAAAAAGAUGAUGAACAACAAACGGAAGAAUAUAAUCAAGAUGAAAACACAUUUAUAAAGGAAAAUAAAAAUCAAAAUAAUAAAAAAAGAAAAUCAAAAAAUUAUAUACACAACUUCUCGAAAAUGAAUUUAAAUAACAAUGAAAAAUCAAAAUAUAUUGAAAAUUGUGUAAAUAAUGAAAAAUCAAAAUAUAUUGAAAAUUGUGUAAAUAAUGAAAAAUCAAACUGUAUUGAAAAUUGUGUAAAUAAUGAAAAAUCAAACUAUAUUGAAAAUUGUGUAAACAAUGAACAAAUGAAAAAUCAAAAUUAUUAUGAAGAAAACAAAAAGGAUAAUUCCUUUGAAAAAAAUAUAUCUGAAAAUAAAGAUAUAAUUAAAAUUGAGUAUGAUGAGAAAGAUGAUUCUACAUUUAAAAAUAACAAAAAUAACAAUGGUAAAUAUUUAAAAAAUGAGAAAAAUAAUUCAAAUAUUUUUUUUGUUAAAAAAGAACAAAAAAGAGAUACUAAUAUAUUGUGUGACCAUCUAAGAAGGAGCAACAGGGUAAAAAAUGAAAAAAAUAAAAAGUGGAAUAAAAAAAAUGAAGAUAAUGAAAGAUUUGUCUUUAAAAAAAAUGUUAAAUACAAAUAUAGUAAGAUUAAUGAAAAAGCUAUUAAAAAAGAAGAAAUAUUCCAAAAAAAAAAAAAAAUAUCUAAAACACAACCAGUGGAAUUAAAAAUUUUUAAGGAACAAAUAUUUUUAAAUGAUAAGAAUAAAUUAAAAGAAUUAUGUCAAGAGUUUAAUACAAUAGAUGAAAAUAGAUGUGCUUCGGGAUUUGCAAAUUUUUUAAUGCAACACAUUCAAAAAAAAGAAGAUAUGGAAAAUUUUGAUGAUAUACUAAAUUUUACAUUAAAAUUAAAAAAUUCUUAUGAUAUGAAAACAGUAGAUUUUAUAGAAGCUUUUCUAAUUCUUGAAACAAUUGAUUUAAGUGUUAUAAGAAUGUAUCCAAUUAAAGAAUGGAUAUUAGUAACAUUUCAUUAUUUAAAAGGGAAUUUGACAAAUAAAAAUUUAAAGUUAUUAAUAAAAUCAUUGAAGUUAGAUAAUUUAAUUAUUAGUAAUGUCACAGCGUGUUUUUAUAUGAAUAAAAAACAAAUUAAAAUAACAGAGAAAGAUAUUAGGAGAAUUUUUACCAUAUUGUCAGAUAUAGUAAUAAGAAGAUCGUCAAGAAUUAAAAAAUCUAAAAACUCAAAUUCUAAAAAUAAAUGUAGAGAUAAACAAAAUAAGGAUGAAAUAUUAGGCUCAUGUUGGCAUCCUGUUAAUACAAAUAUUUCUACAUAUAAAAAAUAA